AUGCGAUCAACAUUAAUUGUUUUAUCAUUGUUUCUCUUGGUCAUUGUUGCUUUCUCUGUAUCUCAUGGGUUCAAUCAUCAUCGAAUAUCAGAAAAAAACCCAAAACGGCGACACCAUCAUCGUCAUUGGAAACAUCAUCAUCAUUGUAAACAUCAUCAUUGGAUGAAGCACAGACAUCAUCACAGACAUGAUGAAGAUGACAGUUGUGAAGAAGAACCCAGUGGCCAACGUGGUCCAGGUAGCCGAGACAGGCUCGGUAGACACGGUGGCCCAGGUGGACAAGGCGGACCUGGUAGACAAGGUGGUCCAGGUGGACAAGGCAGACCCGGUGGGCAAGGUGGUCCAGGCGGUCAAGGCAGACCCGGUGGGCAAGGCGGCCCUGGUGGACAAGGUAGUCCGGGCGGUCAAGGCAGACCCGGUGGCCCAGGUGGCCAAGGUAGUCCAGGCAGACCCGGUGGACAAGGUGGCUCAGGUGGACCAGGUAGCUCAGGCGGUCAAGGCAGAUCCGGUUGGCAAGGCGGCCCAGGUGGACAAGGUAGUCCAGGCAGACCCGGUGGACAAGGUAGUCCAGGCAGACCCGGUGGACAAGGUGGUCCAGGUGGACAAGGUAGUCCAGGCGGUCAAGGCACACCAGGUGGACAAGGCGGUCCAGGUGGUCAACGCAGACCCGCUGGCCGAGGCAGACCUCCUGGCCGAGGCAGACCUCCUGGCCGAGGCAGACCCCCUGGCCGAGGCAGACACCCUGGUCGAGGCAGACACCCUGGCCAUGGCAGGUUCGGUGCCAACAACCAACAAGCAGGAAAUCGUGUUGGAGGCGGUAAAUAA